GUCGACCGUAUACCCUCUGCUCCUUGUCGCGCUCGUGUCCUCCACGUCUUCAUAUCCCUCUGCCACAGAAAAUGAGGCGAACCGCAUUUCCCCGCUCCAGUGUCCUUAUCCUCGGACAGAGUUCCGUCCAGAGCCUGCUUCCGUCCACGCUCAUAACUCAAAUCGAAUCUCUCCUCGACGUGCACCGCAUACAGGAUGCCCUUGGUCUCGCGGAUCAACAGAGAAGGAAACUAGAAGGCCAGCUGCACGCAGACGCCGACGAGACGGAAGAGCUCGCAUACGUGUACCAGUGCAUCGGCUUCAAGUGUCUCUCCGAGACCCUCUUCGCAGACGCCGGCCAGGCGCUCUACACCGGAAAGCUCGACCCGCGCGUGCUCAUCAGCUACUUCCCAGAUCUCCGCGGCGCCCUCUUUGGCGAGGACGAUGCGGCGGACGUGUAUGCGGGCGUCGCGGAGCACAUGCCCCCUGAGGCGUCCGUGGACGACAUCAUCGCCGCGAACCUAGUCAGGAACUACUCGCCCCACCUGCCGCCAAACACCCGCGAGGCGAAGCCGACCGUCGAGCUGCGCAAGAUCCUCCUCGGCGACGCACACGCGAUGCUCGAGACGUUUCUCCGCCGUCUCCGCGCGGGGCGGCCCCCGUCCCCGCCCCAGGACGCGGGAGGAAAGGGCAAGGCGAAGGCGAUCGACGUGCAUAGGGUCGUGGACACGGUGCUCGCGAAGCUGUACGCGCUCAACGGGAAGCCAGGGGACCUCGCGCAGCUGCUGCAGAGCCAGAACGACGUCGUGCUCCCCGAGCUGGAGCCCAUUCUCGAGCGGACGGGGCAGCUCGCGGCGCUGUGCGCGCUGUACAAGCAGCGCGGAGAGGAUGCGAAGCUGCUCGAGGCGUACUCGAAGAUCGUGGAAGGAACGUGGACCGAUCCGUCCGUACGGGAUCCGCUCGGCCGCAUGGUCGAGGUGCUGACGUCCAAACGCGACCGCGCGCUGAACCAGCGGUGGGCGAUAUGGCUCUCGAAGCGAGACCCGAAGCGCGCGAUGAAGAUCCUGACCUCCAGGGAUUCGAGCAAGAAGGGAAGCAAGGUGGAGGACGAUCUCGCGAUGCUCGAGCAGCUGCGAGAGGCGAAUCCGGUGGCGGCGGCGCAGUUCUUGGAGCACCUUAUUAUGCAGAAGCGGAGUACGGACAAGACACUGCAUAAUCAACUUGCGACGACGUGCAUCGACGACGUUCUCCAGCACCUCGCGGACGAGUCCGUGCUGAAGCUCUGGCGCGCGAAGGCAUCCUCGUACGCCUCAUCAACAAGCAUAUCCUCCUUCCUGUCCUACUUCGCAUUCACGACGCCCGACUCGCCCUCGAAGCGCGCGCGGCUCAAGGCGAUCCUGUUUCUGCAGGGCUCGGCGCACUACGACGUCGCGGCCGCCAGACAGCGGCUCGCGGAGCACGCGAAGGUGUUGCCGCUCGAGAUGGCGAUUCUGGAUGGAAAACUCGGGAACCACCGCGACGCGCUCGCGACGCUCGUGCGCGCGCUCAAGGACGGCGUGUCGGCCGAGGCGUACUGCACGCUCGGCGGGCACAUCGUGUCGCCGCGCGCGGCGCUCGUGCUCGGCGAGAAGGUCGAUCUGCUCGCGUGGGCGGGCGCGUUUUUCGGCGAGGCGCCGGCUGUUGCUGCGUCUGCUGUUGCCAUGACGAGGUCCAGGUCCGGUGGGGGCUCGGGCAAUGCAGGAGGAGGAGGGGGGCGAGGGGCGGGGGUCGUUGGAGGGGUGGUUCCGCUGGAGAGGGAGAAGAGCGUGGAUAAGGGGUUGAAGCAGCGGUUGUUGAGGUUGCUGUUGGAGGUGUAUAUGGAGGACGGGGAGUCGGCGCGCACGGCGAAGCUGCUCAACUCGCAAGCGGCGAAUCUCGAUGUCGUCGACAUUGUUCCACUCGUACCGCCCGACUGGCCGCUCGACGUCCUCUCCUCGUUCCUCGCACGCUCGUUCCGGCGCACACUACACGCACGGCACGAGGCGCAGAUCGUGAAAGCGGUCUCGAGCGGGCAGAACCUGCGCGUCGCAGACGACGCAUGGUUCGUGCUCCGCGAGGCGGGCGCGCUCGUCGAGGAGGCCACCGAGGACGACGGCGAGGGAGGUGGAGCGAGCGCGGGGCAGAGUUUCGACGAGAAAGCGGGGAUGGCCGAGAAGGUCGCGGUGCAUCUUCAAGCCCAGGCCCAGGCCCAGGCGCAAGCAGAAGCGGUGGAUAUUAAUGCGCAUGAGAGAUAGGCUGCAGCUGCGGGCCUCUCCGUGCGUGCUGUGGACAUCGUGAAGUGUUCCUUCUGCUUUGGUUUACCAACAUGGGUCUGCGUGUGUACGAAGGGCCAGGCGAGGCAAAGCUGCCGGCCUUUUUUGCAUCGCCGCUCCGGGAGACGAUUUCAAAGUGUUAUCGUAUCGUGAUAACACUUUGGACCAAGCGGACGCGGCACCGAGAUUUGCUCAGGAGGACUCCUGUUCGCCGUCGCCGCCAUUGGGGCCGGGAUGGUGUGCUCUCCGCGUUUGGAUAUGUUAUAGCUCUGCGGGUCACCGGAUAUAUCUUGCUCCUCUAAUUAUAAUCUAGUCUCGCCUUCGG